GUCCAUUUAGUGUGACAGUAUCCUACUUUGAAAGGUGCAAGAAACUGGUUUCUUAUCGUUGAUGACGUCGACGACAUGGAGAUUUUCGACAAGUCGAGGCAUGCAGGUGGGGAAAUCCUCGAUUUUCUUCCUUAUAAUGGCGACGGAAGGAUCUUAUUCACCACACACUCAAAACAAGUCUCCCUUACUGCACUUAGGACUGCGGUAGUUUUACUACCGCAGUUGUGUCUGAAGAGGCAACAGAUCUCCUGGAGGAAUCCUCGAUCGAAUUGACCGAGCUACGUCGUGAUGAGGAAGUGGUCGAGAUUCUCCAAGCUCUCACCUACCUUCCUUUGACAAUUACACA